CAUAUUUUAACGAUAUUCGCUAUCGCUUGAUCAGCUGUUGUCGUUAACUACUCGAUUACUCGUUAAGUAAACGACGAAUAUUUUGAAGUUGUUAGCGGCAUCGACAAAAGAAAAUUUGAUAUUUCAUUUGAGUUAAAAUAAAAUAAUAUAGAUCGCGAAUUUACUUAAGUAAUAUAUAAAAGAAAAACUUUUUGUUAAAAAUGGCAUUUGAGUAUUUGGCAUACGUUUUAUCCCAAGAUGAGGAGAUAAUAAGCUCUUCAUCAGUGGAUAGACGUUUGCUUCGAGAAGUGGACAACCCUUUCGACUUGGCUGCAACUGAGUUUCGUAACCUUUACCGAUUAACCCCAGACUUGGUUGAAGAUAUUGUUUCCCAGCUUGAUAGCCAAUUAAGGGGUCGAAGAAUAACUGCGAUAACGACAGAGAAACAGGUUCUAACUGCCUUGCGAUUCUUCGCAACUGGCUGUUAUCAACGUCCAGUCGGAGAGCAAUGGGGGAUAUCCAUGAGCCAGUCGUCCGUAAGUCGCUGUAUACAUCGCGUAACGGAUGCAAUAAACCGCACCAUGUUUUUGGCAAAGGUUAGGUUUCCAAUGACCCAAAUAGAGCGGCAAGCUGCAAAAGAAAUUUUCGCCUCAGCAUCCGCACCAUUUGUAGGAGGUACUAUUGGGGCUAUCGAUUGCACUCAUGUGUCAAUCAUGAGCCCAAAGCAUCAUGAAGAAGCGUAUGUCAACCACCAUGGAUACCAUUCUAUCAAUGUGCAAAUGAUAUGUGAUCCAAAUCUAAAGAUUUUGGCUGUCAAUGCUAAAUACCCAGGAGCGCGACACGAUUCAUUUAUUUGGAGCUCCUCUGCAGUCCGGAGAGUUAUGCAGCGAAGUUUUGAAAAUGGAAACCAUAACGUGUUUUUGAUUGGUGACUCAGGAUAUCCUUUGGAGCCGUGGUUGAUGACUCCUCUACCAAACCAACCAGAAGGGUGUCCUAAAUUCCGCUACAAUGAGGCAUUGUGCAAAGCUCGAAACCCAGUCGAGAGACUUUUUGGCGUUCUCAAAGGAACUUGGCGAUGCUUAUCUCAGCAAAGGACUCUUUUGUAUGAUCCUGGAUUUACUGGAAAAGUAGUAAAUGCUUGCACAGUGUUGCAUAACUUGCGAUUGGGUGACCAAACAUACGAUCCCGAGACUGAGUUCCUAGAGCCAAGGACACAUAGCAGUAAUGUAAAUCAAGACGCGCCGUCUUCAACAGCAAAACGCGUCCAAGACCGGCUAAUUGCAAAUUAUUUUACAUGAAUAAAACGUUGAUUAAUAAAAAUUCAGAAGGAGUACAAUAAA